AUGGACGCUACAAGCACGCAUCCCUCUGAGCUGGAGCAAGACCCGCAGGCCCAAGAGCAAGACCCGCAGGCCCAGGAGCAAGACCCGCAGGCCCAAAGAGAGGCCACAGGCCUGGUGGAUGAGCAGGUUCCCCAGUCUGAGGAGGAUUCCAUUUCUAAGCUCCUCCUUACUGCAAGGGACGAUUUAGAUGGUAUCCUGGGUGAGGAAAUUAGGGAGAGAAAUAAGAAAUAUCAGAAAUCCCACAAUGAGGAAAAGGAAGAGCUGCCCCUUGAGGGUGAGGAGGAGCUGCAGAUGGACCUGCAGAAAUCGGCACUACAAUUGCUGCCAUACCUGCUGCAUAAGUAUUGGAUCAGCAAGCCAGUUUCUGAGAAGGAUAUACUGAGUCAAAUCACAGUUGGUCACCAGCAUUACUUCCCAGUGAUACUAGACAAAGCCAAUCUAUUCAUGCAGGUCCUCUAUGGACUUGAAAUGAAGGAGGAAGACUCCAUUCUGCACACUCGUGUGCUUGGUCCAGCAGCAGGGAUCACUUAUGAUGGUGUAGUGAGCGAUGUGAUAGGCAUGCCCAAAACAGGCCUGCUGAUAAUGGUGCUGUGCACUAUCUAUAUCAAGGGCGGCUGCGCCUUAGAGCAGGACAUCUGGCAUGUGCUGAAUAAGAUGGAAGUGUACUCGGAUAGGGAACACUUCCUUUAUGGAAAACCUAGGAACCUGCUCAUGGGAGAUUUUGUGUGGGAGCAAUACGUGAUAUAUGAAAAGGUGCCCGACAGUAAUCCCGCUGUUUAUGAGUUCAUGUGGGGCACAAGGGCCUAUGCAGAAACCACCAAAAUGAAGCUCUUACAACACUGGGCCAAGUACUGCAGAGUUGACCCUAGGUCCUUAGGAUCACUCUAUGCAGAAACUUUACAGCAACAACGGGGAAGAUAUGUCUUUCACUAG